AUGGCAUCAAGCAGCAAUAACUUCAUGGAAAGACGCCCCAGAUCAUCUUCCAAGCAAACUCGCUCCAAAGAUCUAAUUCUAACCUCCCCCUUCGACGCUAUCCCUAAUCGCAUCACUCCUAGCGCACUCCUCGCCAUGCCCUUCAUCUCCAUUCUCAUCGGUGUCCCCUCCCGUCACCCCACAAAACCUAUCUACGCUAUCUAUUCCUCCAACAUCGCCUCUCUCCAAUACGUACACGGGGACGGUACUCUCGUCGAACCCCUCUACAUCUGUCCGCUCCUCUCCUUCAAUGACGGCGAUAAGCUCUGUUCUCGUCAACGUCUCAACAUAAUCGAAUGUAUGAAUCGCUCUGCACGCUAUUAUCAAAUGAUCCACUCCCCCUCCUGGAACAAAGACGGACCCGACGAAAAAACCUUCCGCGGUCCCUUCACCCACGAGAAAACCGUCAAAGAAGCCCUAACAUACAUAUCCGAUCUUCGAUUCGGACCCGACAACAUAGCAGCUCUGAGAACACUUCCUCUCGAUCGACAUCUCGUUUCCAAUCUUCCGGAUCCAAGCUCCCCCUGCGUUUCCCUCACCGCACCUCCGACUUGGGAUUUUAGUAUUCAUCACACCGAUUUUGCUGAUCCAUAUCUCGAUGCAAUUCACGAAACGAAAUUGUUAGAUUAUUUCCAGACAUUUAUCCAACGCUUCCGAAACCAUGUUUCCUAUCCGAUGUUCAAAAAGGCGGCGUAUGUUCUCGCGGGCAUGGAACAAGUAGGUGCGAUUUACUGGCAGAGCGGUCGUGAAGCGCUCAAAACACAGGGGGGAUGGACGGUCGAUGAUUUUCUGGCGAGGUUUGCAAAGUAUGAACAAUUUACCGAGGAGUGGAAGUUUUUGUACGCGCCGAAUCCGGUGACGUGGUUGGAAGCAGAGAUGGUGGAUGAGGCGAGGAGGGAGAGAAUGGGUGGGAGGAGGAGAAAGGCGCCGUGGAUGGGGUUGGUGGAGGGAGUGGAGGUGGGGGAAGUGGUGAGUUGGCAAGCGCUGGGUGAGUUUUAUUGGGAUGAUGGAGAAGAGGGGACGGGAUAUCCGCGAGUGUUUCCGCGUGGAGAUGAUCAGUUUGAGGAUGGUGGUGAUCAUGAAAUUGUGAUAAAGAAUGAGGGUUCAGGAGAGACCGAGGCGCGAAGUGGUACUUCGUAUGAGCAGAAGUGUUUUGGUGAGUUGACUAAGAAAGGGCAUGGAAAGAACGGUAAGAGAAGUCGGGAGGUAUACGACGACAGUCCGGCGAUGAAAAGAGCAAAGUCCGCUGUGCUAAAUAUGAUUUCAGGUUCUUAA